GUGCCUAUAUUACGGGCCUAUCAUAACUUGAAAGAGGAGAGAGAGAGAGAGAGAGAGAGAGAGAGAGAGAGAGGAAAAUUUGAGUAGUAAACGGCCGAUUCUCCAAGUACUACUCUGAUCUCGUGCAUUUAAGAACGUCAUCAUUACGGGCCCUGUCUCUCUCUCCCCCCAAAAAUUUACACACAGAGAGAGAGAAAGAGAGAGGAGCGAUUUACAUUCAUCAGGGCUAGUGGGUGGUGAGGAGCCUGAAAGUAAAAGGGUCAUUGAAGGGGACCAGAGUGGUGUAAAACAGGGGAAAGGGUGAUAUUAGAUCAAACCAGUUUUCGCAAUGAGAAAGCGGAUUACCCUACUGCUAAUCAUGUGGAUUUUUCAGAGUCUGAUAAUGCUGGAAUAUUGCUAUCUGGUUUCUGCAAGACAGGCCACAGUGCUACAGAAGGAGGAGGCAACGAUUCCAGUCACGUCUCUAUCGCCUCCGGAAGGCAACACCACGUUCCUCGAUGGAACAACUUGGUGUGUGGCCCUUCCGGGGGUCUCCCAAGUUGACCUGCAGAAUGCGCUGGACUGGGCCUGUGGGCUUGGCAAGACGGAUUGCGGCCCAAUCCAAUCCGAUGGGGACUGCUUCCAGCCCGACACGCUUUUGUCCCACGCCUCGUAUGCUUUCAACAGCUACUACCAACAGAAUGGGAAUUCUGAUAUCGCUUGCAAUUUUGGGGGGACUGCCACUUUAACCAAAAGUAAUCCGAGUUACGCCAAAUGUGUUUAUACUGUAUCCGGAUCUGUUCAAUCUUCAGCUCCUCCAACUUCAAAGUAUAAACCUGGCCUCAGUUGGUGGAAAAUUGCUGUUGGACGGUGGUUUAAGAAUCAAUUGCUUCUUGGACAUCCCUCCCUCCUUUCUUUGGUCGUAAUUAAGGUAUUUGCACCGUUUCACUCAUUUAGAAUAUUGUUGUAGCUUGAUAAUUAAAGCUGUGUCUGCGCUUAGCAUACUGGUCAAAUUCUAA